AUGAAAAAAAUUAAUGAAAAAAACCAGUUGUUAUCUACAAAUUAUUCAAAUAAAGCAAAAAUGAAAAAGAAAUUUUUUUUUAAAAGUAUAAAUAAAAAUCUAUUUUUUUUCCUUUUUUUUAUAUUUUAUUUAAUAAAUUUAACAGAAUGUCAAAUAACAAAAAAAAAGGUUUCAGUGAGUGAAAUAAAUUUUGAUAGUGCUGUGGAUGAUGUUCAGUGGUGUGGUCAUAAUCAUAUGACAGUUUUAGUAAAAACAGUUAAAGGAAGAUUGUAUAGAAGCGCAGAUGGAGGUAAAAUAUGGGCAAAUAUAACAGGAAAUUUAACAGAAAGUGCAAAUAGAAGAAAUGAUAUUACAAAUCAAUCAAAUGAAACUAUCGUCGUAGAUCUUAUUAUGGUUAAUCCAGUUAACAAAAACAUAGUAUUAAUUAUAAGUAAUCAAAAAAAUCAUUUCAUUUCAGAAGAUUCAGGAGAAACGUUCCGUUUAGUAAAUUACCAAAAUAAAAUAAAUUUUUGGCAAUUUCAUAGUACUAAAACUCAUUGGGCAUUAGUUUCAUCAUGGACAUUAGCUUGCUAUUCAAGCACAGAAAAAAGUGGAGAAUGCAUGCAAACAUUAUCUUUAACAAAAGAUUUAGGUAGAACAUUUCAAUUAAUAGAUAUUUAUGUUGUUCAAUUUAAUUGGGGAGAUAAGGAAUCACAUUUAGAAGAUACUAUAUAUUAUACUCGUCACAAAAACAGAAAUGGACAUCAACAAAGAUUCAGUGGAUGGUCUAAAGAUGUUGAUUUUGUAUGCACAAGCAAUUUUGGAAAAAGUGUAGAUGUUUUAGUGAAGCAAGGAAAUAAAUUUUUAAUAUCUAAUGGAUAUAUCUUUGUUGCAAAAUUAAAUGACGUAAUUAAGCAAACUGUUAAUAUGAUGGUCUCAACUGAUGGAGGAAAAACCUUUAACAAAGCUAAUUUACCAGAAAAUAUACAUGAAAAAUCGUACACAGUUUUAGAUACAUCAGAAGGUGCUAUAAUGUUACAUGUAAAUCAUGGAUUAUCUUCAGAUAAUGUCAAUACAGGUAAUGUUUACAUUUCUGAUGCUUCAGGAUUAAAUUAUACUUUAUCAUUACCAAAUAAUAUAAGAACAUCAUCAGGAGAAUGUGAAUUUGAUAGAGUAUUAAGUUUAGAUGGUGUGUAUAUAGCAAAUUUUUUAGAUGUUCAUGAUGACAUAAAGGAAGAGGAUUUAAGAUUUAAGAAUUUUAAAUCUGAAUUAGAAGAAGAUUUCAGCAUGUCUGAAACAAAUGUUGAAAAAAGAAAAAAACAAGCAGCUAAGGGAAAAAAUGAAGAUUUAGUUAGAACUGUAAUUUCUUUUGAUAAAGGAGGUGCAUGGUCUUAUUUAAAAGCACCUAAAGUUGAUAGUAGGGGAAAUAAAUAUGAUUGUGAAGAUAAUUGUUAUUUGCAUUUACAUGGUAUUACUAAUUAUCAUCAGUAUGCACCUUUUUAUUCCAUUGAAAAUGCUGUUGGUAUAAUCAUGGGAACAGGUAAUGUAGGAAGUCAUUUGAGAUAUGAAAGCGAUGAAGUUAAUACUUUUUUAUCAAGAGAUGGUGGUGUAACAUGGGUUGAAGCUCAUAAAGGUCCAUAUAUUUAUGAGUAUGGGGAUCAUGGUGGAUUAAUAGUCAUGGCUGAUGAUUUACGUAAAACAAAUCAAAUCGUAUUUAGUUGGAAUGAAGGACAAAGUUGGUUUGAUUUUGAAUUAGGGCAAUUUUCUAUUGAUGUUGAUAAUAUUGUUGCAGAACCUAAUUCAUCUUCUGUAGAAUUUUUAGUAUAUGGUACUAGAAAUGAUGUAGGAGUUUUAUAUCAUCUUGAUUUUAAUGCUCUUGGUCAACCCCCAUGUAAAGGCUUAUGGGCAGCUGAUUCUGUUUCUUCUGAUUAUGAAACUUGGACCCCUUCAAGUGGAAAGUUUUCUGAUAAAUGUAUAUUAGGAAGAAAGGUUACUUAUACAAGAAGGAAGCAAACAUCUGAAUGUUUUAAUGGAAAAGAUUUAAAAAGAAUUGUUGAUAAAAAACCAUGUGAAUGUACACCAGAAGAUUAUGAAUGUGAAACAGGUUUUACAAGAAAGAUAGGAAGUUAUGAAUGUAAACCUAACGAUCCAACCCUAACAAUUGAAGGAUGCACAAGCAGUUCGUAUUUUUAUGCAGAUGCUUACAGAAAAGUUCCUGGUGAUAUAUGCAUUGAUGGAUGGGUUCCUGAAAAAGUUCCUGUUCCUUGUCCAGCACACGCUCCAUUUAACAGAAGUGCCAAAUCAAUAUUAUUCAUAAUAUUUAUUAUGGCCAUGAUAAUGCUUAUUGUUACAUAUAUAUGCCGAAAUCCUAAAUUUAAAAAUUUAUUCUACAAUUAUGGUUUUGAUACAUUUGAACAUGUUAAAUACUCAGUUAUUAAAACCAAAAGAGGAAAUGUAAACACGAAUGUAUUUGAGCCAGAAAUGGAAUUUAUAGAUGCAGAACAAGAUGACAAUGAAGAAGAUGUUCCUACCCUUUUGCCUUACUCGAAUGAAAGGAAUAGAUCAAAAAAUAAUGAUUUUAAAAUAGCCAGAAAUAGAUCAAAUCAAAGUAACUUUAACACAUCAAGAAACAUUUCCCCACCCAAAAAUUACUCAGAUAAUAUUGAAUUAUUAUAA